AUGUUAUACUCGUAUGGCUGCCUUUUCCCCCCUCUUUUCUCCUCUAUUGACACUGAAGAAAAGGAAGAGGAGGGGAAGGAGAAGGAGGAGGAUGAUGAUGAUAUUCAAUCUUGUAUGAAUGUAUCCGAGGACGCAGAACAAGGCAACAUGACUAACAUGAGUGGUCUUUAUCAGCUCAUCAGAGAUGACUUCACCAUAGCAGUCAUUAAGAACAUGAUUGUGUGUCUGAUCUGGCUCCUCCUCAUGUUUGUUAAUGGGACCUUUGUGACCAUUUUCUUCAGACACCAGAUCUUUAAUGAAGAUCCACGCUACAUCCUUUUCACCCACAUGGUCAUAAAUGACACCGUCCAGAUAACCAUCACCACCACUGUGUUUGUCCUCAGCUACAUCGUCUAUAAGAUUAACGUGUCCUUAUGCUGCUUCUUCAUUCUAACAGCUGUAUUCACCACCAGAAAUACCCCUGUCAACCUAGCCAGCAUGGCCAUAGAACGCUACAUAGUCAUUUGCAACCCUUUACAUUAUGCCCAGAUCUGCACAGUGCGGAGGACAUAUAUGAUCAUUGGAUUAAUUUGGUUGAUAUGUAUUGCACCAGAUAUUACAGAUUUAUUCAUCACACUGGCAACAGAGCCCCUGAGUUUCUUUCAGGAGUCAGUUUUCUGCUUGCGCCACAAUAUCUUCAAAGACCCAGUCCUGGCAUACAAAAGGCAAGCCUUUGAUGCGAUCUACUUCUCCUGUGUUUUUCUGAUUCUUGUCUUCACCUACUUGAAAAUCGUUUUUGUAGCCAAGUCCCUGUCAACAGAGAAGACAUUAGUCCAGAGAACCAGAAACACCAUCUUGCUUCAUGGUGCACAGUUGGCCAUGUGCAUGCUCUCUUAUAUCUCCCCAAGUGCAAACAUUGUCCUGGAGAUAAUAUUCCCUAAACAAAUCGCCGGGAUCAGAUUUGCAAAUUACGUAAUAAUCUACAUCCUGCCCCGGUGCCUGAGCCCAAUAAUCUAUGGUGUACGGGACAAAAAAUGUAGGAAAUACCUCACAAUGCAUCUUACAAACGUGCAAGAUUAA